AGGCGGCAUUGAACCAGCCACAUUGCGCGACCAGAGUUGUGAAAGACUACCGGUAUAGGCAAUUGAAGGUGCUUCAUUGAAACCCUGAAGGGUGGCGCCGAUUGGCUUGGAUGACAAUCAACAGCAGGGUUCUUUAAAUGCUGGCUGAGUCGGCUUCGUUGCUCCUCACCAACUCUUUUGAGCUCCACCCAUAAUCCGUUUGCAGUGCGUAGCAGCUGCGCCAGGGGCAUUGACCGCUGCUCUGCAUUCCACAAGGCAAUCUUCACUUAUUGGCUGCACGGCACCAGCGCGGAUAAAGACGUCUGCUCUUGCAAAGCACAACGCUGCUCGUCGUUCUGUUCCGCAGUGUCAGGCAACUAGUGAAAAAUAGCGGGCGUUAUUGCAGCGCUAUGCAAUGGUGGCUUUCAACAACAACGUGGCGUUUGUGCUGCUGGCAUUGCUCGCAUUGUAUGGGGCCAAGCCGGCGCAGGGGCAAUCUCCUGUGUCACUGUCAUGCCCUCCCGGGUAUCUGGUGCAAGCUGCCCGUAACGUCCCAACGUAUACAUGCACGACCGACCCCUGUUAUGAGAACCCUUGUGGUCCUGGUAACACCUGCGACUACUUUCAGAACGUUUUUGGAGUGAUUGCAAACUGUACGGUGUGCAAUCCUCCCUACACGCGGAGCGCCUAUGUCAUUGGCUUUCCGUAUUUAGUGCCCACAGGGGUCUGCUACUUGCCCGGCCAAGACGUAUGCAACCCCAACCCCUGCCAGAAUGGUGGCGUUUGCUCUUACAGAACAGACGGUUCAGGACAGCCCGUGACUGACGAGCAAGGGACCAAGUUUGUUUUCCAGUGCAACUGUAGCAGCACUGGCAAGACUGGGCGAACUUGUACCGACGAGAUUGUCCAGACUCCCAGACCGACUGCUACCGUCAACGGCGUUUCGGGACCACUUGCGUUUCCCGCCGGGGUCUGCGGUGGUACUUCGAUCGGGUGCAUUUACGCUGACGGGAACCAUUAUCUUUGCUGCACUGGAACCGCGAGCGGUACCGGGUUUUCCGAGUGCGGUCCCCUUGGUCCCGACGGUGUACCCGUCUGCCCUGGCGAGACUUUCACGCCGACUCCCAACGAUUACCCCCCGCCGGUUCCGGCGCCAACUCCUCAGCCCGAGGUUCCACUGCCAACCGGUGAUCAGGGGGUUUGCGGCAGCGGACCCGCGGCUGACUUCCCCUUUCGCUGCUGGUUCAACAACGACCCCCAGGGCCGCUACGUGUGCUGCGACGCGGGAGGCUGCAACGGCUUCAAUCCUGGCCUCGGGACGCCGCGCUGCAGAGACAACGGCUACGUGCCGCCCAACAACGGAGUGGGCGGGCCGACCCCCCCGAGCACUCCCCCGAGCACUCCCCCCAGCACUCCCCCCAGCGGAGAUCAGGGAGUUUGCGGGGGCGGGGCUGCGUCUGACUUCCCGACGCGCUGCUAUUUCAACAACGACCCGCUUGGGCGUUACGUGUGCUGCGACGGGCAGGGCUGCGACGGCUUCAACGCCGACAACCUGACGCCGCACUGCAAAAACUUCGGCUACGUGCCGCCCAACAACGGACUGAGCGGGCCGACCCCCCCGAGCACUCCCCCGAGCGGUCCCCCCAGCGGUCCUCCCAGCGGCUCUCAGGGCGUGUGCGGAACGGGUGGUGCCACAGACUUCCCGGUGCGCUGCUGGUUCAACAGCGACCCCCAGGGCCGCUACGUGUGCUGCGACAACGACGGGUGCAACGGGUUCAACCCACCGGAUUACUCGUUCCCCCGCUGCAAGACCAACGGUUAUGUGCCCCCUGGGUUCGGAGUCUAGUCAACUGGUCAACGACGUUCCUAUCACACGCAUCCUAAAGUUUUGCACCGUGUUCCGCUGGUUAGUGCGUGCAACUUCGAAACAGUAGCUAUUUAUUGUCGAGGGCCCCCUUACCACUAUUAUAUGGUUCGCUUUUGGUAGCCCGGCUGGUCCGACUUACGAUAUGUAGAGACCCUUAUAAGUGCGGAAUAGGUGGAGGUGUUCAACCAGAACAACCAAGGCACACCCGGAAUAAGGCCAGCUUAUGAAACCUUAACGAGUCGUUUCUUGGCAUAAAGGAAUCUUUUACAAGUUCAAGUACCUAGAUUGCUGUCUUUCAACAGAUAGGCAAAUGGACUCGUGAUCCUUGAUCCAACGUCGAAUGCGAGAAUCCGAGUUGUCGUAGUUAUCAGUGUCCCAUGUACCUAGAGUAUUGAUGACGCAAUCAUCUGAAAGAGGGGUGUCCAGCUUAGAAGUCCAUCAUUUAACCCACCAACACUGACACAAUACCCGGAGUCACAUUAGACAGCUAACUUGGCAAGGUGCAGAAUUCUUUAAAAGCCUCUUUGUCAUAUAUCGCACUGUUGCUUAACGAUCGUGUUGCUUGACACAACGCCAUCAUCACAUGCAAUCAAAACAGAAGUCACUGC